UGGAAAUUAAAUUGGUGCAAUUGGUGCAUCAGGCUUAGGUUCUGCUUUAGCAAAUUGCAUUAAUCUCUCAAAUUUGACACUUGACCUUGGGGACAAUUAAAUUGGUGAUGAAGGUGCAUCAGGCUUAGGUUCUGCUUUAGCAAAUUGCAUUAAUCUCUCAAAUUUGACACUUAAACUUACAAAUUAUAAAAUUGGUGUAAUUGGUGCAUCAGGCUUAGGUUCUGCUUUAGCAAAUUGCAUUAAUCUCUCAAAUUUGACACUUGACCUUAGUGACAAUUAAAUUGGUGAUGAAGGUGCAUCAGGCUUAGGUUCUGCUUUAGCAAAUUGUAUUAAUCUCUCAAAUUUGACACUUUAGCUUGGUGGAAAUUAAAUUGGUGAUGAAGGUGCAUCAGGCUUAGGUUCUGCUUUAGCAAAUUGCAUUAAUCUCUCAAAUUUGACACUUGAUCUUAGUUACAAUUAAAUUGGUGCAAUGGGUGCAUCAGGCUUAGGUUCUGCUUUAGCAAAUUGCAUUAAUCUCUCAAAUUUGACACUUUACCUUACGUAAAAACAGUUUAUUUGUUUUGGAUUGUGA